AUGUCUGACAUUGUUAUCGUUGGAGGAGGCGUGUUCGGACUAUCUACGGCAGCUCAAUAUGCACACUCGAGCAAAGUGUCAGUUAUCGACAAGUUUGAAAUACCCUCUCCGAUUUCUGCUUCUACGGACUACAACAAAAUAGUGCGUUUAGAGUACAAUGAUGAAAUUUACGCGGAAAUGGCCGUUGAAGCCAUGAGAUUUUGGCAGGGAGAAGGUAGUGACACAUUGCCACCAGGGCUGUUAACAGAUACGUAUUCACAUUGUGGACGAAUUUCGGUUGUGCCUCCAGAAUCUUCGCCUAGAUACACGUUUGAGAUGGAAAGCUUGACAUUAUUGCAAGAGAAGUUUGGUCGAUGUCAAGAUGUUUCAGAAUACUGCAAUGAUUUGACCUGCAACGGGAAGUUCUCGCAAUUUCGGGAAAGCCAGGCAAAAGGCAAGUUCAGGUAUAAUCGAGACUGUGGAAUUGGAAUUGCCGCGAAGUCGCUUUUAGUUAUGAAACAGUACUGCAAGUCGCUGGGCGUCACUUUUAUAGAGAACGAUGGAGCCGCGUGCGUAAAAUCAAGCGAUGACGGCGUCGUGGUGAGUUUGGAGUCCGGUGCUCAAGUUAACGGCAGAAAAGCUCUAAUUGCUUGCGGCGCCAACACUCCAUCCUUAUUGGACUUGCGGCAGAAUGUGAAGUCUACAGGGCUUUACGUGGGUCACAUACAGCUCACCGAACAAGAGUUUGAAAAAUACAGAGACAUCCCGGUGGUGUUCAACCCGGUCGUAGGGUACUUUUUCCCGCCCGAUCCCGAGACGCGAGUCCUUAAGAUUUGUGCAAGUGCCAGCUCGACGUACGACCUCGCAAGCAAUGGACUUUUACCCCGUUACAAAAAGCUUGAGCCUGACACAGUAAAAAGCAUCCCCAUUCAGUCAGUGGUUCAAAUUCGCACAUUGCUGGCCGAGUAUCUGCCUGACCUUUUGUACGCUGCUGACGGUCAGCUAAGAGAAAUACAGGACUGCAAGAUCUGCUGGAUCAGUGACACCUCGGACUCCAAUUUCAUAAUCGACGAAGUACCCGAAAACCCGAAUGUCUUUGUGAGUUGCGGCGACUCCGGCCAUGGUUACAAGUUUUUACCAAACAUAGGUAGCUAUAUCAUGGCUAGGAUGGAAAAUAAUUUGUCGUCGAAAUUAGCCAAGAAAUGGGCCUUUCGUGAAAGUGUCUGGGACAAUAUGACCAUCCCCUGGCGUAUCGAGCACAAACGUAGACACGUUGACCAGAUCCAAUGGUAUUGA